UGGGAACAGCACCAGAUCUUGGGUGACCCUCUGAGUUUUCUGGAGAUGGAUGAGCAGGAGAAUCCGCUGGAGAGAAACCACUCGCUGUGUGUGGUUCUGCCAGGAGGGCUGGAGAAGAACGCCACGGUGCAUGGAAGUAAACCGGUGAUGGACUUACUGGUGACUCUCUGUGCCAGUCACCACCUGAAUCCCUCCGACUACACCGUUGAAGUUCUCUCACCCAACAAGAACAACAUCAGCUUCAAACCCAACUCUCCUGUCGGCUUGCUGGAAGCUGAGAAGAUUGUGCUGAAGCCCAGAGCGGUGGAGGAAAAGGAGAAGAUCAGGAGGCCGUACAUGCCCGAGGCAACCGUUCGUCUACUGAUCAACUACAGUAAGUCCCACAAGACGGUGGUGCGAGUGAAUCCAAGACUGCCCCUGGAGAUGCUGCUGCCCAUGGUGUGUGAAAAGUGUGAGCUUCAAGUAGCAACGACCUCCUUACUGAGAGACUCUCAGUCCAAAGAGCCGCUGGACCUGAGCAAGACGUUAAACGACCACGGGUUGAGGGAGGUUUUUGCCAAAGACUCAGCUCAAGACCCCGCUGAGCACCACUCACUGAAGACAACUGAAGCAGCAGCUGUCACACCAACAGAGGUCAUUUCACCACCUCCACUACAAGACCCACCAAAGAAGGAGAAAAAACUGAAGGAGAACUCAGGGUUCUUCAGCUUAUUCAGAAGAAGGAAGAAGAAACAUGAAAAGAAAGCGGCAGUGAGUGCUCCGGCUUCUCCUGGUCACAGCCAGCUAGCGGGAGACGCUAUGAAUCUGGAGGGUGUUUCCUCUUCUAACACCCUGCCUGCAGAUAUGCCAAAGAAGAGACGAGCCCCCCAGCCACCCAUGGGUGCAUCACAGAGCAUCCCCAACAACCUGGACAGCUGCCAUUCCAGAGGAGCUCAGAGGUCUGGAGAAUGGACCUUAAGGAGCACCAAGAGGAGAGCCCCACCUCCUCCCUGUGCAAACACACUCCAGGAGCUGCAGACAGAAACUAAUGUCACAGGGGCUGUAGACUCUUUGAACACUCUGGAGGAGCAAAGAGAAAGUGAUGAGUCAGAAUCUGUGAACCAGUCGCUCUCCUCAUCACCGCCUAAUUCACAGCCUCAGUCAUCCUCAUCAUCCUCAUGCCCAUCACUGGCUCAUCUCCAUGAAGUGACCGAUCCCUAUCUUCUGCCUUUGUUCCGAGGGAAAGACCUAUCCGACGCCCGCUGUGCUCUCGCCAGAGUCCUGACGUCUUCCGUCUCUAAAGGAACUCUGGUCAAACGUUUAAAAAACUCCGCCACCUUCCCCAAAUUUCACAACAGCUCCUCCUUCAUGUCGUCAACACCAAAGUGCUCGGAUAACGGGGCUCUCUGCGCUGAGCUUGAAGCCGUUCUCACGUCUGAGCUACCUACUGAGAAUGAAUGGGAGGAUCCGGCACAGAGGAGGGGGCUGACCACGUUUAAAGUGGUUCCCUCCAAGAAACUGAACUUCAGUGAUUCAGAAGUGUCCCUGAACGCUCCAGACCAGUCCCAGACAUCAGCAGACAACCAUCCAGAGAGUGGGGAACCUCUUGACAUUGAGAACAGUCAAAUGGAGGCUGAGGAGGAUCUUCAUUCCCCCGACAGAUCCGAGAGUGAAGCACCGUUGGCCAGUCCAGAACUCUGCUCUCAGGACGCUGAUUUGAGCAGACAGGACAGUCCACAUACAUCUCUGCAUGAGGCCGGGGACGUCACUGAAGGGCAGGAGGACGAGGAAGAACCUGAGGUCACGUCUGAGGUGAUACCGGCUGGACUGUCAGACUGCAGUGAUGGUGACUCGACUAGCGAGGCUCACAUCAACCCAGAAGAUCAGAACAAAUUCAUCGAAAGCCCCAGCACAGACAUAGACCAGUGUAGCUCAUGUGGUGUUGAGAAGAAAGUUGAGGAAGAACCAGAAGAUGAGGAGGAGGAGGUGGCUUUCCCUCCUCCUCCUCCUCCUGUCUUUUUUAAUGAAGACAUUGAAGUCAUGGAGGAGGAGAAAGAAGAUCCUGCAGCUUCCUGUUUGUCCCCAAGUCCUACCUCAAAUGGUCAAACUACUGCAUCCAGUGAAGAGUCUACCUCAGUGACGCCUGUGGACAAGACGAGUGCAGCUCCGUCCAGAUUUGCUCAGGCGGUGGCAAUGGCCGUGCAAAGAUCUCGGCUCCAGAGUCGUGGCAAAAGUUUCGGCCCUCAGGUCUCCAACGGUCCACACAGUACUCUUCCAUCACCGCCCAGGUCCACGUAUCAGUACGGUGCCUGACCUGCCUCCUCCCGUCUUUGAAUGGAAGUCCUUGUUUAGGGGGAAGAUUCAGAGCUGGAUUCCACAGGUGACCUUUAAAUAACUUAAACAAAGGUCAUUUCUAAGAACUGCAUCACUUUUAUGAAGUCUUUCUUUCCGGUCUCUUUGUGCGGGACACCUCGUUGUGUCAGUUUAUGUUCACAAGUUAAACAUUUUCUGUUGUGAAGAAUGCCAAAUGCACAGGACAUGGGUUGUUGAACUGACGACGUCCUGUUUUUUCUUUACUUCCUUUUACAUUUUCAUUCAACGUGUGCCAAGACAGACGUAACGCUGACGUGAGAGCUUUUCUGUGCGUAAAACAAAAGAAAUGAUGCAAUUGCAAUUACAGACUUAUUUAUUUUCUCCUCCAGGAUGUACAUUUUUAUGCUUUCACAGUAAAACUCCUGGACUGCGGUUUGGUUUUACGUCACCAGGUGGCAGAAGAGCAUUGCUCCUAAAAUGAAUAUCCAUUUGUGAAUCUUUUUCAUGGAAUCUGUUCUGAUGGGUGGAUCACAAGUGACUCAUUUUGUAUGUUAAAGAAAUAUUAGUUAAAAUGUUUUCUAUUUUCUCCAUCAAUUAAGUUCAAUGAAGCAUUUUUCUAAUAUUAAAUUAUCUGAGUGUCGAAGGAAAUUUUCCUCCUCUUCAGUGACAUUCCCAGAAUAAAAAAACCUAAUUUUUAAUAGGAACAUGAGAAUUUCCUGCUUUUCCAGCAACAAAAUGAAAAAAAAAAACAUCCUUGUUGGAAGCAUCAGUUUUAUGCCAAGCAUUUCAUCACCUUCCUGAAUAAACUCAGUCCACUUUGCUCACAUG